UUAUUGCACGGAGAGGCUUGGUGUCAGUAGAGAACUAUAGGUUUCAGCGUCUGUAUCACUGCUGAGAUACAGUGAAUUUAAACAACGACACGGGUAGGGGGUCUAGACCGCCACAGUUGCUGCUGCUGGGAUAUUAUUUUAUCUGUUUUGAAAACAGAAUCGCUCGAGGAAGUCGAGAAAAGAAGGGGUGAAAGAAGAGACCAUUUUUGUCAGCGAUCCUUUUUUUCUUAUCCGUUCAGAGUAUCUCCGUCAUGGCAACAACCUGCACCAGGUUUACUGACGAAUAUCAGCUUUUUGAGGAGCUCGGGAAAGGAGCUUUCUCGGUGGUGAAAAGAUGCCUGAAAAUCUCCACAGGACAGGAGUUUGCUGCCAAAAUCAUCAACACCAAAAAGCUCUCUGCCAGGGAUCACCAGAAGUUGGAAAGAGAAGCUAGAAUCUGUCGUCUUUUGAAGCACCCAAACAUCGUGAGGCUCUAUGACAGCAUAUCAGAAGAAGGGUGCCAUUACCUAGUCUUUGAUUUAGUUACCGGAGGGGAAUUAUUUGAAGAUAUUGUAGCUAGAGAAUACUACAGUGAGGCAGAUGCCAGUCAUUGUAUACAGCAGAUUCUAGAAAGUGUAAAUCACUGUCACCAAAAUGGCAUAGUGCACAGAGACUUGAAGCCAGAGAAUUUGCUUUUAGCAAGUAAAUUGAAGGGGGCGGCUGUGAAGCUGGCAGAUUUUGGAUUGGCUAUUGAGGUUCAAGGAGACCAACAGGCCUGGUUUGGUUUUGCUGGUACCCCAGGUUACUUGUCACCUGAAGUGUUACGCAAAGAUCCCUAUGGAAAGCCAGUGGACAUGUGGGCUUGUGGAGUUAUUCUCUAUAUUCUGCUGGUUGGCUAUCCUCCGUUCUGGGAUGAAGAUCAGCACAGGCUUUACCAGCAGAUCAAGGCCGGGGCCUAUGAUUUUCCAUCACCAGAGUGGGACACCGUGACUCCCGAAGCCAAAGAUCUCAUUAAUAAAAUGUUAACGAUCAACCCUGCCAAACGAAUCACCGCUACAGAGGCACUCAAACACCCAUGGAUCUGUCAACGCUCCACAGUGGCUUCAAUGAUGCACAGGCAGGAGACUGUGGACUGCUUGAAGAAAUUCAACGCAAGAAGAAAACUAAAGGGAGCUAUUCUCACAACCAUGCUGGUCACCAGGAACUUUUCAGCAGCAAGGAGUUUGAUGAACAAGAAGGCGGAUGGUGUAAAGAUUAACAACAAAACCAACGUAGUAACCAGCCCUAAAGAACCUAUUCCUACCCCAGCGCUGGAGCCUCAAACUACAGUAAUCCACAACCCCGCUGAUGGAAAUAAGGAGUCCACAGAGAGCGCGAACACCACCAUUGAAGAUGAGGAUGUGAAAGCUCGCAAACAAGAGAUUAUUAAAGUUACAGAGCAGCUGAUUGAAGCAAUCAACAGUGGAGAUUUUGAAGCCUACACGAAGAUUUGUGACCCAGGUUUGACAGCGUUUGAGCCCGAAGCCUUAGGCAACCUGGUUGAAGGCACUGACUUCCACAGGUUCUACUUUGAAAAUGCUCUGUCCAAGAGCAACAAACCAAUCCACACCAUCAUCCUGAACCCCCACGUGCACCUGAUCGGGGAGGACGCAGCCUGCAUAGCCUACAUCCGCCUGACCCAGUACAUGGACGGGAGCAGCAUGCCAAAGACCAUGCAGUCUGAGGAGACUCGCGUGUGGCACCGUCGUGACGGCAAGUGGCAGAACAUUCACUUCCACCGCUCUGGCUCUCCGACUGUGCCCAUGAAAUAAGAUAAUGUUUAAUGGUGCCUCUGCUGCUGCAGUCACAGAACACAAGCGCUCAGAAGGCUCUCCUUAUCAGGCUGUCCGGUCUCUCCCCAUGCAUGAACCUCAGAUGGAUGUCCCAUCAAAUACAUUCAUGGUGUAUCAUCUGUUUAUUCCAUCUCUACUUAUUGUUUACACUUCAUUGGAGGGAAUGUUACAUGCAAAAUGAAGACAAUAAAGCAAAAAAAAAGUUUCUAAAAGAUUUCAUUAUGUACGCCAAGUUUUGUGAUGCUCAAUGUAGUCAUUAUAAGGACAUUUGUUAAAGAAAUGUAUUCUGCAUUUUUUUUUUUUUUUUUUUGUAUAAAUGUUUGUUUUUAAAAAAAGCUUUGUAUAUCUUCUAGGAUGACCUACAGAAAUAUAGGUUUACUGACAACUCUUGACUGUUUACUUUUGAAAUCUUUUUGACCACAUCAUUCCCUUCAUUAUACAGGUCAGUACAGACUGGAGAAAUAAGUCAAGGACCUGCUACAUCAGCAGUUAGUGCAGUAAAACCAUUUUUGAUCAUACAUGUACGGUAACUUUAUUAAUCGUUAACAAUUAGUAGAUCAGACAAUGUUGAUGUACUUAUAAAAGUGAGAUUUGAUAACUAGUUCCAUAUCCUCUUUCAUGUUGGUGUCAUUUUUGACACAUUUCAGGUUGAUUAUAUGUGUUUUCCUUUUUUUUUUUUUUUUUUUUUUUUUUUUUUUUUUGUUUGUGUGCAGUACAUUUGAUUUUUGUAACCGAGCUUGCUUUUGUAUGGUGGUGAUGUACAGAUUUCGUGAUUGAAGUAAAAUGCUACAGUUGCUUUCCCUGGGAAUAUUAGGGCUUUAGAACCAUUUUGUGGAUUCAGUUUAUCUGCUUUAUUGGGGUAGCUAUUUAUAGUUUAUCUGGACAAUAUAUUGGGGGAAAAUAAUAAUAAUUAUUUUCACAACAUAGAGUGUUAAAUAACUGAAACGCCAUUGGGUGGAUGCAGGGAAUGCUUUUUGAAUUCAUAACAUGAUAUUUUCUUUUUGUAUCAUUAGUGAACUGGACUGUUUUGCUACAUUUUGUGUAAUUGUGAAGUAACCUGCCAAUAUCAAGUUGCUUUUUUAUUUCUCCAAGGAAUAUGUUUUUUUUGUUUUUGUUUUGUUUUUUCUUACUGGUGGGGCUAAACUAUGUACAGCAGUGCUGUGUAGUGCAUCAGAUCUCAAUCAAGAUCUGAACAAUCUGUAUGUAGUUCAGUCCUGGUAAGAAUCUAUACUUUGUAUUAUUUCAACUUGGGUGUUGCUAAGUCAACUUAAAACAAUAUUAUUAACAAUUAAUUGGUGUUAUUAAUAGUGGCAUAGAUGUCCAAACUAUUAGUUAUCACUUAGUUUUGAGAUAUGUAUGUUUUAGUUUUUGGUACAUAAGUGUAUUGAGCCAUGUUAUCCUGCCAAUAAAAUCUGUGGAAAAAAAGUAAAUUAUUUUCUGUGAUCGCUAUUGUGGCAUCAUUGUGUUAAAAAAAUGAAAUUUGUGGCAUUUGGCUUUUUAAUAUCGCAUGUGAUGUUAAAGUAUUUCAAUAGACCAAGUUUGUCUUCCACAUGGAUUUGUGAGGAAAACGUCAGUAGUUCUCUUUCUUCACUACAGUUGAAAUGAUACCUUUAUUUGUCUGUCCUUUUUAGAACGCUGCAGUUAAUACCAUGGGAUACAGUGUACAUAUUUCUUGCCGUAAUGGUAAAGGACUGAUUCAUAUAUUUAAGUAAUAAUAAAGAAUUGUGAUUUCU